CUGAAUCAACAGAUGAAACAGGAGAAUAUGGAAAAACUGAUAUGUCGAAUGCCACAUUAACAGAUACUGAUAUUCAGCCUGUUGUCAAUGAAGCAAGUAAAACAGAAGGACUAGUGAAAAUAAUAGAAGUACAUGAAAAAUCAGUACUGGAGGAAGAAAUGGUUGAUGACUUUGAAUCAACUGAUGAGCAGAAAAUGCCCCAUAUCACAACAGACAUGAAGAAUAAUACUUACACACCCCAUGAUGUUUCUCAGGAAAUAUCUGAGGUUGUUGAACAACUUCAUGAGGAAAACAGUGAAAGUGGAAGCCCCGACCAAGUUCAUGCUCCUCUAGCAAGUGGCCCAAUGGAGGUUUUUCCUAAAACAAUAGAUAAUGAAGGAGAGGGAAGACAAAUGAAAGAUACAGAAGCUGCAGAAGAAAUUAAACAUGAUGUGGAGGUGAGAUGUUCUCCAGAAAUCUCUCAUCGUGAAGUUUCUACAGACCUGCUCACUGAAUCAACAGAUGAAACAGGAGAAUAUGGAAAAACUGAUAUGUCACAUGCCACAUUUACAGAUACUGAUGUUCAGCCCUUUGUCAAUGACGCAAGUAAAACAGAAGGACUAGUGGAAAUGAUAGAAGUACAUGGAAAAUCAGUACUAGAGGAUGAGACGGUUGAUGACUUUGAAUCAACUGAUGAGAAGAAAAUGCCCCAUAUCACCACAGACAUGCAGAAUAAUACUCACACACACCAUGAUGUUUCUCAGGAAAUGUCUGAGGUAGUUGAAGAACUUGAUGAGGACAAUAAUGAAAAUGGAAGCCCCAGACAAGUUCAUGCUCCUCUAACAAGUGACCCAAGGGAGAUUAUUCCCAAAACAAUAGAUAAUGAAAGAGAGGAAAGAAAAAGGAGAGAUACAGAAGAUGCAGAAGAAAUCGAACAUGAUGUGGAGGAGAAAUGUUCCGACAAAACCCCUCUUCAUAAAGUUACUACAGAACUGCUUACUGAAUCACAGAGUGAUGUGAGUGAGCUACCACUUAGUAUGCUUGGUCCAGCUCUUGAAAAAGAAAUUACUAAAUCAACAGAUGAAACAGGAGAGAUUGAAGGGAUAGAUAGAUCCUCUGAUGCGUCAACAGAUAUUGAUGUUCAUGCUGUCGACCAUGAAGUAAACAAAGCAGAAGGACUAGUGGAAGUGAUAGGAGUACAUGGAAAAUUAGUAGAGGAGAAUAUGGAACCAAAAGAAGAUCAAACCAUCCGUUCUGCAGAAGAUUCCACCACUGAACAACAUUUAAUUUCUGAAUUAUCUUCUAAAACAGCUGAACUGAGUUUACCUACUUACAUACAGCCAUCACCAGUAACUGAACUCUCAGACUCAAAGACAGAUGAUGGGAAUGAUCAUGAAAAUGUAGAAAUGAAAAUCACAGAACUCCAUCCACAGAGUCAGAGUAAGAAAAAGAAGAGAUUUGGAUCAACCCGAAAACCUCAAGGAGGACACAGACCAGAUAAUGAAGGAGAGGAAAGACAAUUGAAAGACACAGAAGCUGCAGAAGAAAUUGAACACGAUGUGGAGGAGAGAUGUUCUGAAGAAACCACUCGUCAAGAAGUUACUACAGACCUGCUCACUGAAUCACAGAGUGAUGUGAGUGAGCUACCACUUAGUAUGCUUGGUCCAGCCCUUGAAAUAGAAAUUGCUAAAUCAACAGAUGAAACAGGAGAGAUUGAAGGGAUAGAUAGAUCCUCUGAUGCGUCAACAGAUAUUGAUGUUCAUGCUGUCGACCAUGAAGUAAACAAAGCAGAAGGACUAGUGGAAGUGAUAGGAGUACAUGGAAAAUUAGUAGAGGAGAAUAUGGAACCAAAAGAAGAUCAAACCAUCUGUUCUGCAGAAGAUCCCACCACUGAACAUGUACUUUCUGAAUUAUCUUCUGAAACAGCUGAACUGAGUUUAACUUCUAACACACAGCUGUCAAUAUUAACUGAACUCUCAGAGUCCAAGUCAGAUGAUGGGAAUGAUCUUGAAAAUGUAGAAAUGAAAAUCACAGAACUCCAUCCACAGAGUCAGAGUAAGAAAAAGAAGAGAUUUGGAUCAACCCGAAAACCUCAAGGAGGACACAGACCAGAUAAUGAAGGAGAGGAAAGACAAUUGAAAGACACAGAAGCUGCAGAAGAAAUUGAACACGAUGUGGAGGAGAUAUGUUCUGCAGAAACCUCUCAUCAUGAAGUUCCUACAGACCUGCUCACUGAAUCAACAGAUGAAACAGAAGAAUAUAGAAGUAGUAAUAUGUUGAAUGCCACAGUAACAGAUACUGAUGUUCAGCCUAUUGUCUGUGAAGCAAGUAAAACAGAAGGACUAGUGGAAAUGAUAAAUGUUCAUGAAAAACCAGUACUGGAGGAUGAGACGGUCGAUGACUCAGAUGAGCAGAAAAUGCCCCAUAUCACCACAGACAUGCAAAAUGAAACUUCCACACUCCAUGAUGUUUCUCAGGAAAUAUCUGAGGUAGUUGAAGAACAUAAUGAGGACAACAAUGAAAGUGGAAGCCCCAACCAAGUUCAUUUUCCUCUGAAAAGUGGCCCAGUGGAGAUUAUUCAUAAAACAAUAGAUAAUAAAAGAGAGGAAAGAAAAAGGAGAGAUACAGAAGCUGCAGAUGAAAUUGAACAUGAUGUGGAGGAGAGAUGUUCUGAAGAAACCACUCGUCAUGAAGUUCCUACAGACCUGCUCACUGAAUCACAGAGUGAUGUGAGUGGACUACCACUUAGUAUGCUUGGUCCAGCUCUUGAAAAAGAAAUUACUAAAUCAACAGAUGAAACAGGAGAGAUUGAAGGGAUAGAUAGAUCCUCUGAUGCGUCAACAGAUAUUGAUGUGCAUGCUGUCGACCAUGAAGUAAACAAAGCAGAAGGACUAGUGGAAGUGAUAGGAGUACAUGGAAAAUUAGUAGAGGAGAGUAUGGAACCAAAAGAAGAUCAAACCAUCCGUUCUGCAGAAGAUCCCACCACUGAACAACAUGUACUUUCUGAAUUAUCUUCUGAAACAGCUGAACUGAGUUUAACUUCUAACACACAGCUGUCAAUAUUAACUGAACUCUCAGAGUCCAAGUCAGAUGAUGGGAAUGAUCUUGAAAAUGUAGAAAUGAAAAUCACAGAACUCCAUCCACAGAGCCAGAGUAAGAAAAAGAAGAGAUUUGGAUCAACCCGAAAACCUCAAGGAGGACACAGACCAGAUAAUGAAGAAGAGGAAAGACAAUUGAAACAUACAGAAACUGCAGAAGAAAUUGAACAUGAUGUGGAAGAGAGGUAUUCUGAAGAAAACACUCAUCAUGAAUUGAUUACAGACCUGCCUGAUAUGUCGAAUGCCACAUUAACAGAUACUGAUGUUCAGCCUAUUGUCUGUGAAGCAAGUAAAACAGAAGGACUAGUGGAAAUAAUAAAUGUACAUGAAAAAACAGUACUGGAGGGGGGUGAGACGGUUGAUGGCUCAGAUGAGCAGAAAAUGCCCCAUAUAAAUAUAGACAUGCAGAAUGAAACUUCCACACCCCGUGAUGUUUCUCAGGAAAUAUCUGAGGUAGUUGAAGAACUUGAUGAGGACAACAAUGAAAGUGGAAGCCCCAACCAAGUUCAUUCUCCUCUAACAAGUGUCACAGUGGAGGUUAUUCCCAAAACAAUAGAUAAAGAAGAAGAGGAAAGAAAAAGGAGAGAUACAGAAGCUGCAGAAGAAAUUGAACAUGAUGUGGAGGAGAGAUGUUCUGAUGAAACCACUCAUCAUGAAGUUACUACAGACCUGCUCACUGAAUCACAGAGUGAUGUGAGUGAGCUGCCACUUAGUAUGCUUGGUCCAGCCCUUGAAAAAGAAAUGGCUAAAUCAACAGAUGAAAUAGGAGUACAUGGAGAAUUAGUAGAGGAGAGUAUGGUACCAAAAGAAGAUAAAACCAUCUGUUCUGCAGAAGAUCCCACCACUGAACAACAUGUACUUUCUGAAUUAUCUUCUCAAACAGCUGAACUGAGUUUAACUACUAACACACAGCUGUCAACAGUAACCAAACCCUCAGAGUCCAAGCCAGAUGAUGGGAAUGAUCAUGAAAAUGUAGACAUGAAAAUCACAGAACUCCAUCCACAGAGCCAGAGUAAGAAAAAGAAGAGAUUUGGAUCAACCCGAAAACCUCAAGGAGGACACAGACCAGAUAAUGAAGGAGAGGAAAGACAAUUGAAAGAUACAGAAGCUGUAGAAGAAAUUGAACAUGAUGUGGAGGAGAUAUGUUCUUCAGAAACCUUUCAUCAUGAAGUUCCUACUGACCUGCUUAUUGAAUCAACAGAUGAAACAGGAGAACAUGGGACAACUGAUAUGUCACAUGCUACAUUAACAGAUACUGAUGUUCAGCCUAUUGUCUGUGAAGCAAGUAAAACAGAAGGACUAGUGGAAAUAAUAAAUGUACAUGAAAAACCAGUACUGGAGUAUGAGAAGGUUGAUGGCUCAGACGAGCAGAAAAUGCCCCAUAUAAAUAUAGACAUGCAGAAUGAAACUUCCACACUCCAUGAUGUUUCUCAGGAAAUAUCUGAGGUAGUUGAAGAACUUGAUGAGUACAACAAUGAAAGUGGAAGCCCCAACCAAGUUCAUUCUCCUCUAACAAGUGGCCCAGUGGAGGUUAUUCCCAAAACAAUAGAUAAAGAAGAAGAGGAAAGAAAAAGGAGAGAUACAGAAGCUGCAGAAGAAAUUGAACAUGAUGUGGAGGAGAGAUGUUCUGAUGAAACCACUCAUCAUGAAGUUACUACAGACCUGCUCACUGAAUCACAGAGUGAUGUGAGUGAGCUGCCACUUAGUAUGCUUGGUCCAGCCCUUGAAAAAGAAAUGGCUAAAUCAACAGAUGAAAUAGGAGUACAUGGAGAAUUAGUAGAGGAGAGUAUGGUACCAAAAGAAGAUAAAACCAUCUGUUCUGCAGAAGAUCCCACCACUGAACAACAUGUACUUUCUGAAUUAUCUUCUCAAACAGCUGAACUGAGUUUAACUACUAACACACAGCUGUCAACAGUAACCAAACCCUCAGAGUCCAAGCCAGAUGAUGGGAAUGAUCAUGAAAAUGUAGACAUGAAAAUCACAGAACUCCAUCCACAGAGCCAGAGUAAGAAAAAGAAGAGAUUUGGAUCAACCCGAAAACCUCAAGGAGGACACAGACCAGAUAAUGAAGGAGAGGAAAGACAAUUGAAAGAUACAGAAGCUGUAGAAGAAAUUGAACAUGAUGUGGAGGAGAUAUGUUCUUCAGAAACCUUUCAUCAUGAAGUUCCUACUGACCUGCUUAUUGAAUCAACAGAUGAAACAGGAGAACAUGGGACAACUGAUAUGUCACAUGCUACAUUAACAGAUACUGAUGUUCAGCCUAUUGUCUGUGAAGCAAGUAAAACAGAAGGACUAGUGGAAAUGAUAGAAGUACACGAAAAAUCAGUACUAGAGGAUGAGACGGUUAAUGACUUUGAAUCCACUGAUGAGCAGAAAAUGCCCCAUAUCACCACAGACAUGCAGAAUAAUACUUCCACACACCAUGAUGUUUCUCAGGACAUAUCUGAGGUAGUUGAAGAACUUUAUGAGGACAACAAUGAAAGUGGAAGUCCCAACCAAGUUCAUGUUCCUCUAACAAGUGGCACAGUGGAUGUUAUUCCUAAAACAAUAGAUAAUGAAAGAGAGGAAAGAAAAGGGAGAGAUACAGAAGCUGCAGAAGAAAUUGAACAUGAUGUGGAGGAGAGAUGUUCUGAUGAAACCACUCGUCAUGAAGUUCCUACAGACCUACUCAAUGAAACACAGAGUGAUGUGAGUGGGCUACCACUUAGUAUGCUUGGUCCAGCUCUUGAAAAAGAAAUAGCUAAAUCAACAGAUAAUACAGGACAGUGUGAAGGGAUAGAUAGAUCCUCUGAUGCGUCAACAGAUAUUGAUGUUCAUGCUGUCGACCAUGGAGUAAACAAAGCAGAAGGACUAGUGGAAGUGAUAGGAGUACAUGGAAAAUUAAUAGAGGAGAGUAUGGAACCAAAAGAAGAUCAAACCAUCUGUUCUGCAGAAGAUUUCACCACUGAACAACAUGUACUUUCUGAAUUAUCUUCUACAACAGCUGAACUGAGUUUAACUACUAACAUACAACCAUCACCAGUAACUGAACUCUCAGACUCAAAGACAGAUGAUGGGAAUGAUCAUGAAAAUGUAGAAAUGAAAAUCACAGAACUACAUCCACAGAGUCAGAGUAAGAAAAAGAAGAGAUUUGGAUCAACCCGAAAACCUCAAGGAGGACACAGACCAGAUCAUGAAGAAGAGGAAAGACAAUUGAAAGAUGCAGAAGCUGCAGAAGAAAUUGAACAUGAUGUGGAGAAGAGAUGUUCUCCAGAAACCUCUCAUCAUGAAGUUCCUACAAACCUGCUCACUGAAUCAACAGAUGAAACAGGAGAACAUGGGACAACUGAUAAGUCGAAUGCCACAUUAACAGAUACUGAUGUUCAGCCUGUUGUCAAUGAAGCAAGUAAAACAGAAGGACUAGUGGAAAUGAUAAGAAUACAUGAAAAAUCAUUACUGGAGGAUGAGAAGUUUGAUAACUUUGAAUCCACUGAUAAGCAAAAAAUGCCCCAUAUCAGCACAGACAUGCAGAAUAAUACUCACACACACCAUGAUGUUUCUCAGGAAAUAUCUGAGGUAGUUGAUGAGGACAAUCGUGAAAAUGGAAGCCCCAACCAAGUUCAUGCUCCUCUAACCAGUGGCACAGAGGAGUUUAUUACUGAAACACAUGAUAGUGUAGACAUUCCAGUGAAUACAGAAAAUAGACGUGAAGCUAUAUCUGACCUAACAGGCCAGAUCCCACAGGAUCACAGUACAUCUGAAGACAAUCUAGAGAAGACAACACACAAAGAGUCAGAAAACACAACCACACUCAUUCACACACAGGAAUCGGUCCCCAUUCAGGAUAAUGUGAUCACAGAGACUCCAGAACUGAGUACAUCUGGGAAAAGGAGAACACGAAGAAGUCAUAGAGAGCAGCUUUAUGGAGGUGACAAGGAAAAGAUAAAUAUAAGUGAAAUCAAUAAAGAAAAGAGGUAUAUAGAGAAAAAUGAUUUGUAUCUUAUAGAAAGAUCUUGCAUUUCAGGCACAAACGCAGCUGAGAAACUUACUGAAGAGGAGACUAUGGAACCAGAAGAAGAAAUCAGCAAUUGUCCUACAGAAGAUCCCACUACUAAAGAUUUUACAGCAUUGGGUUCAGAACAACAUUUACUUUCUGAAUUAUCCUUUCAAACAGCUGAUCUGAGUUUAACUACUAACAUACAGCCAUCACCAGUAACCGAAACUUCAGACUCCAAGACAGAUGGGAAUGAUCAUGAAAAUGUAGAAAUAAAAAUCACAGAACUCCAUCCACAGAGCCAGAAUAAGAAAAAGAAGAGAUUUGGAUCAACCCGGAGACCUCAAGGAGGACACAGACCAGAUAAUGAAGGAGAGAAAAGAAAAUGGAAAGAUACAGAAGCUGCAGGAGAAAUUGAACAUGAUGUGGAGGAGAGAUGUUCUCCAGAAAUCUCUCAUCAUGAAAGUACUGCAGACCUGCUGACUAAAUCACAGAGUGAUUUGAGUGGAUCACUGAGUGUGAUUAACCCUUCUCCGGAAAAAGAAAUUGCUGAUUCAACAAACAAAACAGGAGAAUGUGAAAGGUUUCAUAUGCCAUUUGUUGCAUUGACAGAUACUGUUGUUCACACUGUUGAUCAUGACGUAAGCAAAGAAGAUAGACUGUUGGAAAAUUCUGAAGGACAUGGAAAACCAGUACUAGAGAUUAAGAAGGUUGAUGAGACUGAAUCCUCAGAGGUUAAUACUGAAACUCAUGAUAGAGUAGGUAUUCCAGUGAAUGCCGAAAAUAUUCAUGCAAUUACACCUGACCAAAUAAAACAGUUUUUGCAUCAUGAUAUAUCUGAAGUCCAUCCAGAGGAGCCAACAGACAGAGAGCCAGAAAGCACCAGCUUAGGCAUUCACAUACAGGAAAUAAAAACAACUGAGGGUAGUGCGAUUGCUCACAAUCCAGAACUGAGCACAUCUGGGAAAAGAAGAAAGAUUGGCUCAACUCGAAGGAGUCACAGAGAGCAGCUCCACGGAGGUGGCAGAAAAACAAUUAACGAAAAAGAAGAAAAUAUUUGUGAAAAAGACAAAAAUAGGAAUUUCGAAGACACAAAAAAUGUUAAUGAAGAGCAGAGUAUGGAAGCAAAAGAAGAAGAAAGCACCAUUCAUACAGAAGAUCCCACCACUGAUGAUUUUCCAGCAGUGUGUUCAGAACAUGUACUUUCUGAAUCAUCCUCUCAAACAGCUGAACUGAGUUUGUCUACUAACAUACAACCAUCCCCACUCACUGAACACCCAGAUGAUGGGAAUGAUCAUGAAAAUGUAGAAUUGAAAAUUACAGAACUCCAUCCACAGAGCCAGAGUAAGAAAAAGAAGAGAUUUGGAUCAACCCGAAAACCUCAAGGAGGACACAGACCAGAUAAUGAAGAAGAGGAAAGAAAAUGGAAAGAUACAGAAGCUGCAGAAGAAACUGAAAAUGAUGUUGAGGAGAGAUGUUCUAAAGAAACCACUCAUUAUGAGAUUUCCACAGACCUGCUGAUUGAAUCACAGAGUGAUAUGAGUGAACCAUCACUGAGUAUGCUUGACCCACCUUUGGAAAAGGUAACUGCUGAAUCAUCAGAUGAAACAGGAGAGUGUGGAGGGGUAGAUCUGCCAGCAGAAAAACCUGUGCAAAUUACAGACGUACAUCACAAAUUGGUACUAGAGGUUGAGAAGGUUGAUGACUCAAAAUCCUCAGAGAUUAAUGUUCAAAUUCAAGAUAGCAUAGAACUAGAGAAGCCAACAAACAUAAUCCAAAGUCAUACAAGCACAGACUCACUCAUUCACACACAGGAAUCAAACACCAUUCAGGAUAAUGUGAUCCCUGAGAGUUCAGAACUGAGCACAUCUGGGAAAAAGAGAAAAAUAGGAUCAACUCGAAGAAGUCAUAGAGAGCAGCUCCAUGGACGAGACAAGAAAAAGAUAAAUGAAGAAGAAGAAAAUCAAGGUGCAAAAGAUGAAGAGGAGAGGUAUGGUGAAGAGAGUGCUUUUAACCUUGCAGAUAGAUCUAUCAAAUCAGGCACACAAAUAGUUAUUGAAGAGGAAAGUAUGCCAGCAAAAGAAGAAAUUGGUGCCAGUCAAACAGAAGAUCCCACCACUGAAAAUGUGUGUUCAGAACAACAUGUACUUUCUGAAUUAUCUUCUCAAACAGCUGAACUGAUUUUAACUACUAACAUACAACCAUCACCAGUAAGUGAGUCCAAGACAGAUGAAGAUGGGAAUGAUCAUGAAAAUGUAAAAAUGAAAAUCACAGAACUCCAUCCACAGAGCCAGAGUAAGAAAAAGAAAAGAUUUGGAUCAACCCGAAAACCUCAAGGAGGACACAGACCAGAUAAUGAAGAAGAGGAAAGACAAUUGAAAGAUACUGAAGCUGCAGAAGAAACUGAACAUGGUGUGGAGGAGAGAUGUUCUCAAGAAACCACUCAUUAUGACAUUUCUACAGACCUAAUGAUUGAAUCACAGAGUGAUUUGAGUGGAUUUUCACUGUGUAUGAUUGACCCAUCUCUGGAAAAAGAAACACAACUACAAAAUGCAGCUACUGAUCUUCACUUACAAGAUUUCAAAAACCUUCAAUGUAUUGUGAUAUCGGAGAAGGGCUCAAAUCCUAAAGAGCAACACCUUAGAGAUGACCAGAAGGAGGCCACUGAAGAGCUGAAAGAAGAAGGCACCACUAAGGAACUAGAGCUUGAAGAAAGUACAGCAGUUACUCAGGAAGCUAGUUUAGAGGCUGAGACACUGAGGAACUUAAAUUGUACAUCUAACGCAGAAACAGCUCAUCCAUCCAUAGCUACAGAGCUCUCUGUACCUGCAGAUUCAGUAAACCUUGUGAUACCUGAAGCUGAAAAAAUGGACAAGAAAAGAAGAAAGAUGGGUUCAACUCGCAGGAGUUACAAGGGAGCAGAUAGAAAGGAGGUUCUGGGAGAAACAGGGGGUAAGGACCCAAGAGCUGAUGAAGAUAUGGAGGACACGCUGCUUCAUGACACAGCUUCUGGAUGGGGGAUUACAGCAAACACAACAGGGCAAGAUACUGAACCACAAAUUCACCAUAUGUUUGAUAAAUCAGAAGGCUCACUUCUCAACGAGAUUGAGUUUGAACUAAACAUGAGUUGUCAACUGAGUCACACAGCUCCUGCUAUCUUAGAGAGCUCAGUAAACAAUACCCUGUCUCCAUAUAAUUCAUCAGAAAAUUCACAACCAGCAGCUGAGCAGUGUAGGAGUAGUUCCGAACUUCAGCACUCUCAAAACUCUCAAAUUCAAGCUGAAAUCAGCUCCCCAGCGAGGAGAAGAAAAAUGGGGUCGACUCGCAAGACACCCAGGAACAAGCAAACAGAAGACAUGAAGGAUGACAGCCUAGAGACUGAACAUCAAGCAGAAAAUCUGGACAAGAUUGAACUGGAGAGAGAAAAGGCCAAGGACAUGCUUACAGUAAAAAUGACAGAAGAUAAGAAAGAAUCUGUUGAGCUCACUCCUAAAGUCCAUGACAGCUCAGCAUCUACAGAGCUACCUCCUCCAGGGAGUAAGAGGAAGUUUGGGUCCAGACGCACUGCGAAGGGCAGCAGAAAUCUGGGUGGUUUACCACCUGAUGAAUUUGAGCCCAACCAGGAAAAAACAGAAGAUGCCCAAGUCCUCUCUGAUGAGUUGACAGUUUGUGAUCCAUACUUCACAUCAGGACCACAGAGCACACCUGUCUGUCAACCAGUCGAAGACGAUAACAUGGAAGCCAGCAGCCUAGGAAAGGAACAUGUUAACAACUCUGCUGUGAAUGAAGCGGAUGUAUCUGCUGGCCUGGUCUCAUUGGAUGACCUCAGAAAGUCUGCACUCUAUAAUGGAAGCACUGGAAAAAGAGAAAAGAUAGACUUUGAGAGAUGGAGUGAGCAAAUUCCAGAUUUUGGAGUAGCUGUGUAUAAUGUGGUGAUGGUAGGAAACAGCAGUGUGGGGAAGACAUCGUUCAUGAAUCGCCUCCAGAGUGGACACUUCAGCCCUGAUUACUGUUCAACUAUUGGUGUUGAUACCUGUGUUCAGAACAUCACACUCGGAGGCAGGACUGUUAAACUGCAUGUUUGGGACACAGCAGGCCAGGAGAGAUAUCACAGCAUCACCAGACAGGUGUUCCACAAGGCCCAGGGGCUUCUGUUGAUGUAUGACAUCACAUCCUCUGAGAGUUUCUGUGCAGUACGCAACUGGGUCACCCAGAUUAAGGAAUGCGCUCCUGAUGAUGUCAUCAUGAUUUUACUUGGCAACAAGAAUGACUGUGCAGAGAGAAAAGUCCAGCUUCAGGAAGGGGAGGAUCUGUCGAGGGAGUAUAAAAUUCAUUUUCUGGAGUGCAGUGCUGCAACUGGUGAGAAUGUAGAAGAAUCUAUGAAGACUUUAGCCUGCUUACUGGUGAAACAGAAUGUGAGGAGAGAAGAAGAUCAAACAAUAUUACAGCCAAAACCACCAAAGCAGAAGUCAGGUUGCUGUUAAAAAGCACACAAACAAGAAACUUUGUUCACACAUUUAUGAAACUUACAGUAUAUGCACAAAAACAAACAGUAUAUAAAUAAAGCAAGCACAGUAGACUACUACUUCAUUCUACAAUGAUUACAGUAUAUAUUACUGUCUUUUUCAGCUUCUGUGUGUAUUUAAUUAAUUUAUCUCCACAUGCUUUUUACAUGCUUACACUUGAUUUUAAAUUAAUAAACAUUUUAAUUAAAGUGAUUCUGUUCAAUACAUUCUGUGCUGUAGCGCUUUUUUGUUCCUAAAUUCAGUGCAUUCACUAACAGUAUAAUAAUAUAGAAUAUUUCAAAACAGACAAUAGAUUAGAUUACUAACUUACAAAGAUGUAAAUACUAUUUUGUCAGCUAUUUUAUAAACAGUAUUAUUAAUAAUAGUGUUCUAUAUGCUCUUGUGACCCAAUCAUUCAGAUCUGGAUCUUUAUUAAACUACAUUCACAUUUUGCAAUGGAAUUCAUUCACCUCAGAAGCUUAAUUCAGCCUUUAAACUCAAUGUGAGGGUCAAAACCCAAGCCUGUUGUGACCUAGCUGAACUGUUGAUGAAUUAAUAAAAAAUAGGAUUGAUCCCAACAUGUUUGUGAUGUGCUAAAAAAGUACAGUACUGAACAGGCAUGAAAACCAAUUUCCAAAAUCUUAUGAGUUGUCUGUGUUUAUUUUUUAACCUUUUCUUGUUUUGUUUUUUACUUUUUUACUCUUUGUUCUUUGUUCAUUUGUAUUUAUUGUAAUUUUGCUGUUUUUUUUUUCAAUGAAAUGUUUUUUUUUUAACAAAUAAAUGCUUACCUCGUUGUUGAA